AUGGCCAUUUGUCAAGGCGAAUCGUUCGGCAUGGCAUCCCAAGUUCAGCGACAGGCGAUUCCCGCCGCGACCGCAUCAGCCACGCCCGACUUCAAAGCGGACCGACAGAUCAAGGCGUUGUGCCAGCUCUCCAACAUUGUCCGAUCCAUUGGGUCGUUUGUGGUGCUAUCGCUUCUUUCCUUGUCGAAUCCAUCCUUUCAAGAGCUCUUCAAACCAUGCAGUCGCCCGCCCGUGCGACUGGCCGAUGCCCGGUGUCACCAAUACCUACCAUCUAAAAUACUUGGACGGCGGCUCGAGCCGCUUCCGCAAAUGUGCUAA